CCCCGUUGUUGUCGUGCUGGAAACCCCGUAUUGACUCUGAAGGGACCCAAGAUGGCUGAAUACUCACGGGGGGAACUUAGCAAUUAUCUGUGCAACACGUCUGGAAUGAAUGGCAAAUAGCAGUAUAAUGUAAAGCGAAAGCUUCAAGUAAUUCUACUACUCAGUUUAGCUGGUUUGCAUAUUUUUGGGGAUGCCUGAAUAUGAGUUAGGAGAGAGUGGUCUCUCCGCGGCCCCGAGCCAGAACAUGGCGGAACACUUGGGGAAGAAAUAGCAGCUAGUGCUAGUUAGCUGUCGUAUUAUUUAAAGAUAAUCAUAAACGUCUUUUUGGAUUAAAGCGAUAUUUGCAACCCGCAAGUAUGAUAACCUGUUAAUGACUUAUAAUUACAGUCAGUUUGUUUCAAAUAGUGUAUUUUACAUUGAAUAUGUUUAGAAAAGGCAGUUAGCGUACGAGCUAGCUCGCUAGGUGUCGUUGCUAAGGUAUCUGGCUAACGUUACCUGAAAGCGUACAAACUGUACCAAUAAGCACGCAGUGUGUUUUAUGAACAAUCGAACUCAACAGUGGCAUCUUCUCUAAAAAGUCGUCUCGCAGCUGUAUGUUUGGUCUUUUGUCACAUCUAUCAGCCGCUGGUUUGUCGAUUAACGUGAACGUCCAUGUCCUUCGCGAUGUUAAUUAGACUGUCGUGAGCUUUCUUCUGUGGUUCGCUGUCUUUACGCAGCGCUCUAACCGAAUCCCAAAAUAAGUUUUGAGAAAUAUUGUCAAAAUUGAUCACAUUUUAGAGUUAAGGGUGCACAAUCGAUCAGGGAAUAUUACAGAGGUUUCUCCGGGAGUUAUUUCUUUGAAGCUACUUCAAAGAUCUGUCGCCUAAAUUGCUCCCACUCAAAAGUUGUCAAAAUUGCAUUGAAGAAGUGAACAAGUGUCAAAAGUGAAUUGAAGCUGUGGCGUUACUAGGUGAGGCAGAAGCCCUUUCAGAGCCAAGAAGGUCCGGGUCAUCACCUGCCAGGAUGACUGACACUCGUAGACGAGUUAAAGUCUAUACCCUCAAUGAGGACAGACAGUGGGAUGACCGUGGGACAGGACACGUCUCCUCUGGCUAUGUGGAGAGAUUGAAAGGCACGUCUCUGUUGGUGCGAGCUGAGAGUGAUGGUUCACUAUUGUUGGAGUCCAAAAUCAACCCAAACACAGCCUACCAGAAACAACAGGAUACGUUGAUAGUGUGGUCAGAGGCUGAAAAUUAUGAUCUGGCACUAAGCUUCCAAGAGAAGGCUGGGUGUGAUGAAAUCUGGGAAAAAAUUUGCCAGGUGCAGGGAAAGGACCCAUCAGUGGACAUCACGCAGGAUGUGGUGGAUGAGUCUGAGGAGGAGCGCUUUGAUGACAUGUCAUCGCCAGGCUUAGAGCUGCCCCCAUGUGAAUUGAAUCGUUUGGAGGACCUUGCUGAGCUGGUUGCUUCCUCACUUCCCUCCCCGCUGCGACGAGAGAAACUGGCACUGGCUGUGGAGAAUGAAGGCUACAUUCGCAAGCUUCUGGAACUGUUUCGCAUGUGUGAGGACUUGGACAACAGGGAGGGACUGCACCACCUCUAUGAAAUCAUUAAAGGCAUCUUCCUGCUGAAUCGCACUGCACUCUUUGAGGUCAUGUUCUCAGAUGAGUGCAUCAUGGACGUUAUUGGUUGUCUGGAGUUCGACCCAGCAUUGCCACAGCCCCGGCGGCAUCGUGAGUUUCUCACCAAGACAGCCCGCUUCAAGGAAGUGAUUCCCAUCUCUGAUCCUGAACUGCGUCAGAAAAUACACCAGACAUAUCGUGUGCAGUAUAUUCAGGACAUGGUGCUGCCAACGCCCUCAGUUUUUGAGGAAAACAUGCUGUCCACCCUGCACUCCUUCAUCUUCUUCAACAAGGUGGAGAUUGUGGGCAUGCUACAGGAUGAUGAGAAGUUCCUCACUGAUCUAUUUGCACAGCUAACAGAUGAGGCCACCGAUGAUGACAAAAGACACGAACUGGUAAACUUCCUAAAAGAAUUCUGUGCUUUCUCACAAACAUUACAACCUCAAAACAGAGACGCCUUCUUCAAAACAUUGUCAAACAUGGGCAUUCUACCUGCACUAGAGGUCAUACUGGGAAUGGACGAUGUUCAGGUGCGUGGUGCAGCCACAGAUAUCUUCUCGUAUCUUGUGGAGUACAACCCCUCCAUGGUACGAGAGUUUGUCAUGCAGGAAUCUCAGCAGAAUGACGACGACAUCCUCCUGAUCAACCUGAUCAUAGAGCACAUGAUCUGUGAUACAGACCCAGAGCUUGGUGGAGCAGUGCAACUCAUGGGCCUGCUACGGACUCUGGUGGAUCCAGAGAACAUGCUGGCUACUGCAAAUAAAACAGAAAAGACUGAGUUCCUGAGCUUUUUCUAUAAGCAUUGUAUGCAUGUCCUCUCAGCUCCGCUACUGGCCAACACCACAGAAGAAAAGCCAAGCAAAGAUGAUUUUCAAACAUCCCAGUUGCUUGCCUUGAUUUUGGAGCUGCUAACAUUUUGUGUUGAGCACCACACAUAUCACAUCAAGAACUACAUCAUCAACAAGGACAUUCUCAGGAGGGUACUGGUGCUCACUGCCUCUCAGCACGCCUUCCUGGCCCUCUGUGCCCUGCGCUUCAUGCGGAGGAUUAUUGGUCUGAAGGAUGAGUUCUACAAUCGUUACAUCAUGAGAAACUUCCUGUUUGAGCCCGUUGUAAAGGCCUUCCUUAAUAACGGCUCACGCUACAAUCUCAUGAACUCAGCCAUCAUUGAGAUGUUUGAAUAUAUCCGUGUGGAGGAUGUUAAGUCACUCACAGCUCAUAUAGUGGAGAACUACUGGAAGGCUCUUGAGGAUGUGGAUUAUGUCCAGACAUUCAAGGGCCUGAAGCUACGAUACGAACAGCAACGAGAGAGACAAGACAACCCUAAAUUGGAUAGCAUGCGCUCUAUACUGCGGAACCACCGCUUCCGCCGCGAUGCACGGACGCUAGAGGACGAAGAGGAGAUGUGGUUUAAUACAGACGAAGAUGACCUUGAGGACGGUGAGGCAGUUGUUCCACCUUCUGACAAGAUGAAGAGUGAGGAAGACCUCAUGGAGCCUAUUAGCAAGUUCAUGGAGAGAAAGAAAUUAAAAGACCCAGACGACAAAGAAGUGAUGGGGAAGUCGAGCUUUUCAGGCAGGCAGAAUCCAAGCUUCAAGCUUUCCUUUUCUGGAUCCACUAAAACUAGCCUGUCCAGUCCACCUUCGGCCUCAUUCAACGCCGGUUCUCCAGGCUCACCAGGUUCCCCGGGCUCAGGUGCACGGAACUCACCCCCAACAACAACUGUAACUACAAAGGGAGGCUUAGUGGGACUGGUGGACUAUCCCGAUGAUGACGAGGAGGAAGAGGAAGAAGAGGAUGGGGAGAGUAAAGAGGACCCUCUGCCACCUACGAAGAAGUCCAAACUGAGCUCGUAAAGCUCUGCAGCUCAGCUCAAACAGAUUGGGAGUACAGACUCUCACCGGGAUGAUCAAACUUGUAAACAAAUUAAUUGAAUGAAAGCCACCCCUGGUUGUCAGUGGGUGGCCGCGAGAGGAGCAGACUGUUGACACGAAGCCUCCUCAGACUCACCCAACUCAUACAAGUGCCAAUCAGGAGUCCAGGAGUGGAAGUACCGUCUGAAAAGCGACGAGGGAAAGCUUUGGGGAAGAGAAGAUCUCUUUCAGGUCUUCAGUGGACUUGGAAAGCAUGAGGCCGGUUAGAGUUUGGUCAUUUUGGAACUGGGGAAAGACCACAUACUAAUACACAUGUACAUGCAGACUGAAAUCCCUUUGAGCUCACAUGCUUGGACCAUAACUCACUGCCCCCUCCCCCUGCCCCCCACUCAGGGAAGGACAUCACAGCGGCCCAGAUGGGUCGGCCAAUUCAGACCCAGAACCACCAAUCGCACCCCCACCCCCUCUGAGAGUCCACUUCCUCUCUGUUCUUUUCUACUUUUCUUCUCUGCUCUUGUUCCCCACUCUGUCUGUUGCUUUUCGUCCCCUUUUAAGUUAGUAUAUAGGACCAGGUGGAAGGCGGCAUGUGGCAAAGAGCUGUCCUUGUUGUCGUUUGAUGAUGUCAUCAUUGUCGUCGUCGUUCCUCAGCGGAUGUUCUUUCUCUGAAGAGAAAAAAGCCAGCAGUUUCUUCAUUUUCUUUUUGUUCUCUAUUUGUCUCAAUCUUUCACCUGUUUUGUAAAUGACAACAAAAAGACCUGCCUUUAAAUGUUCAGGACGUUUUCAGUCACACUUGAACAGGUUUUUAAAGACCUCAGUAGGUGAGCUAGUUUUACCCUUUUUGCCCUUUGAAACUGCAGAUCUUUUGGAGAAUUUGUAAUCCCAUCUUGAUUAAAGAUUGAGUGGAAUUCUAGAUGUGAUGAAUUUUGUCAUAUCUUCUCAUUUUUUUUGUUUUUUCAUGAGUGUACAAUUAGUUGUUUGGAAAAUUUGGGACCAUUAAAAUGAUCUUUGCUGUAAGAUGUCCUAAUAACUUUUAUGUUCUUUGUUCUAUCUAACAUUGAUGCGUCAUGGUUCCCUUCCUUUAUAAGAAAACAACCCAGCUGUAGUAGCACAAUCACAGUUUUUUUCUUGAGUUCAACACGAUACCACAAACUAUAUGGCAGCGAAAGGCCUCUAAAGCUAAAUACCGAUCUGAUGUCCAGCAGAUCCUUUUAGUAGUGACUUUCAAAUAAAUCAGUAUUCAAUAUCCAAAGUGCAUGAUUCACUUAUUCUGUGAGGUAGUCCUACGACAUGGUACAGCAUGCAUCUCUGUAAGCUAUAAAUGCGACAACUUAUUGUCCAUAUUUAAGUUUAUUUUACUCCCACUUCAUGCAGUUACUGUAGGGACAAAGAAAUGCCUUAACAUCCCAAACUGUGAUGGAAAGAUUCGCUGGUAGCUAAUGUCUCCUUGAUCCACCAGGUGGUGCUCUAGUUCCACAGGUAAAAUGUCAAUAGACUUCUCUUCCUGUGGGUCAUUUCUUCUUAAUGCAGUCUAAUUAGAUUUUUUUUUAAAUAGACUGAAAUAGUUUUGGUCAGUCUUAGAAAUAUUCCUAGAUAACUUCACACAACAGCUAAAAUGCUUCUACCUGGAGACUUUUUUUUUUUUUUUUUUUUUUUACAGGCAGAAAGAUGAUGGGCAUGAUAACUCUAAGAUUAGAAUUGUAAGGACCCUUAACCUUUGAAAAAAAGACACAUUGUACAAGGCAGCAGUAAUCAGUUCUUCCUGGUGUUUUAUUCUGUAAACAAGACUGUAGAAGUGACAGCUUCCAAUUAAA